UACUUACUUGAUUUCGCGAUUGCUUGCUUCAACUCAAAAUGGUACGAACCAAAAAAGCAGCAGGCAAGAACAACAAGAUGCCGGCACAACAACCGCCACUUCCACCAGGUUCGCCUCCUAGGCAGUCUGGCUACGAUUCGUACUCGCGCAACGGAGAUUCAUACAGCGGUGAUACGUAUCGCCCCUCUCAAGGUGGUGGUGACAAUUACCAACCUCGCGGCGCGCCGCCUAUGUACCAGUUCGGCGCGGGAGGCAGAGGGGAUGGAUACAACAACUACAGGCCCAAUUAUGACUACGAACCCCGACGCCGUUCCCUAUCGCCACCUCAUCGCAAUAGAGAUACAUUCAGCGGAUCAUCCUACCGGCCAUCACAUCAAAAUGACAGGGCAAUGGCAAAUGGCUCGGCAUAUCGUCAAAAUACUGGUGGUCACAGCAGCUUUGACUUCCGUUAUGAUGCGCCUGCAGGUCUAGACUACAAUGCUGCCGAGUCGCGUCGUCGUUCUCCGCCACGACACAACUAUGAUAACAACCGUAGACAAGCCACCAACGCCUAUCGCGGUGGUGCGCGUGGUGGUUACCGUGGCCGCGGAGGGCCAAGGCUGGCGUCAGAGCGUGAAUUCCUAAAAACUAACCGUGCUCCCACUCCCGAGCUGAUGCCUGGAAUGGACGAGGAUGUCGAGACAGGUGCCAAGUACAAAGCAGUCGAUGACAUGUCUGAUAGUGAUGAAGUUGAGAUGGACAUGUCCGAUGAUGGUGACGAGGAUCAAGAAGCCAAGAAGAAGGCUCGCACCGAUGCAAAGGCUGCUGAUGGUGACAGUGUUCCCCGCUGGUCAAACCCCGAUCCAUACACUGCCUUACCUCCCCCGGAUGAGACUCGUGCGAAGAAGAAAGAUGUGGUCAAGUUGAUCAGGAAGGCUCGUGUCACGUCCAGUAGUGAGCAUACAACCAAGCCUGCAGCAGCUGAUGAUUUCAUUUCUUUCGACUUUGGCGAUGAUGAAGAGCAAGCGGAUGAUGAUAUGGCCCAUGGUUUCAAUGCCCCAAGUCCUCCUAAGGGUCCAAGAGAGAUUGCCGGCUCCGUCAAUGACUUUGACCCUCCUCGCGGCCCUGCCAUUCAGCAAAUGCAGCAACCACGAUUACCUCUACCUAAGAAACCUGAAUUCACUAACCAGGGCCGGAGUAAUGAUACUAGCUUCACAAUCAAGCAGAAUGGAAAGGCUCCAGCUGUUAGUAAGAAGAAUGCUAUUGAUUUGACCUCUGACCCCGCUCUGGGAAGUAGGAAACGCGACUUCAGAGAUGAGAUCAAGCCUGCUCCAAUUCUCCACCAGCCAUCGAAAGGCAAGCCUGGCAGAGUCAGUGGCCAGAUUCUGAAGGACUGGGUUGCACGAUCAGAUCUUCCAGCAGCCCCAUGGCUUGGUAUGGAUCAUUCCGAUUCUGCUGGUGUAGGUGUUUGGCUUCACAAGGAAAUCAUGGACUUCUAUGAAUAUGUCAGACCAAGAGACUUCGAGCAGGUAAUUCGCCAACGUUUGAUCGAUGAUCUUCAAGCCAGACUUACGCAACACUUCGACCGGAAUUGUGAAGUUCGCCCGUUUGGCUCAUUCCCUGCUGGCUUGUUUCUGCCGACCGCUGAUAUGGAUUUGGUCUGUGUUUCAAGAGAUUUCUUGGAUCGCGGAAAGAAAGUACUUGGUCAAGGCCUCCGGGGCUUGUUUCGGUUCAGGGACUUCAUCCAACAACAAGGUCUUGCUCUGAACAGACAAAUCGAGUUGAUAUCUGGAGCCAAGGUGCCUCUUGUCAAAUACGUCGAUAAACUCACGGGCCUUAAGGUCGACAUAUCUUUCGAAAACGACACUGGACUGAUUGCCAAUAACACGUUCCAAGUCUGGAAGAGAGAAUUUCCAGCUAUGCCUAUUCUGGUCACCCUGAUCAAGCAUCUUUUGGCAAUGCGAGGUUUGAAUGAGCCUGUCAAUGGUGGCAUUGGUGGCUUUUCCGUUACUUGUCUCGUCGUAAGUCUUCUCCAGCAUCUGCCCCAGGUUCAAAGCAGGAGCAUGAUUCCGGAACACCAUCUCGGCGAGGUACUCAUGGAGUUCCUCGAUCUAUACGGCAACGAAUUCAACACAACCACUACGGCAAUCUCAGUCAACCCUCCAGCAUAUAUCCGAAAGGAUCACGCAAACAUUCCCUACAAAGGCAUCAAGUCAAAGUUUAUGAUCAUUGAUCCAAAUAGAUCGGAUAACGACAUUGCCGGAGGUUCCAGUAAUACAGAAGGAAUCCGCAGAUGCUUCUCCGAUGCAUUCAAACAGCUUUCGAGGCGCUCAGCAGAAUUGCAACGUUCCGAUGAUCGCAGUAACAAGAGUCUUCUGGAGUGCAUCAUCGGUGGAAAUUACCGAUCAUUCGAGCUUCAGCGUGCCCAUCUAGAACAUGUGCAUGAGAAGCUCAUUCUUCAGAAGUAGCUGGGCCUGAAGUCUGCUGAUUUCCCACACCUCAUUUUGAUCCGACAUUAUCACACCACUGAAUUGCUCUCUUUUGCUCUAAUCGACAGAUAUCAUGGUACAGUAGCUGAGUACGAAGUUUAUGAAGGGGUUUGCUGCAUAUAUAUGGCGCAUGGAACAUCAUGGAAUUGAUACCCAAUGGCGUUCAAGGGUCAUGGACUUGUACUAUAGAACAUUUUCCCGAGUCUGGCAGAUGACGGCCUUCUCAUUUUUCAAUUUUCUUCUGGUUCUUCACAAAGAGGUUAGUGACUGACAUGGCAAUAGUGAUCGCAUCGCAAUCGAAUCGAAUCGAGUCCCAGUCCUGAAGAAGCAGACGAGAUGAGACGAGACGAUCGAUCGGUCACUCCUUCCUUUUUCCUUCUGAAUGAAAGCAAUUUUACAACCACCCUACCUAUUUCGGCAUAAUCUUCUAUUUGGAGGAAAUGCAGUUCGUUUUUGGAAGUCGCCCAGCUUUGGGACUUCAACACGGUACUAACUGCCUUCACCUCUUCGCAAGCCCCCUCACCUGCCAGAUUGGCGUCUCUGCUAACCACACCACACCACAUCUUCUCUGACCUCCUCCCCUCUCAUCUCAUCUUCUCAUCUAGGUUUACCACACCAGCAAAACAACAUUCCAACCAACCAUAUCUGAUUCUCUCGCCCAAUCAUUUAUGCAUGCCACCAAACAAUUAACACCAGACAACAAACAAAACAACAAACAAAACAACAAUUCUCACACAGCUGAUGUCCGGGCUUCACGCUCGGCUUCGGACUGAGGUGUGAUCUUUUUUCGUCGCCUCUUUUUUCCCUUCUCACUGUAGUCAGCGCUUUCGCGUAGCUAUGGAGAGGGAGGGGUGUGGUGUGGGUGACACAUUCACAAGGUGACGCUACACUCGUCCUCCGGGGGCAGCUUCAUGAAGCGGAUGCGACGGAAUGGGAUGAGAGGGGAGGGGCGGAGCUGGAUGCAGUACCUGGCUUUGAAAGUUAAGUCAGUCACGUCCGUAGGUAUGGGUAAUGAUGUUAGAUGUAUGUAAGUAAGUAAGUGAUUGAGUGCCUGUGUAUACCUUAGCUUUCUGAUCAAGGGACUUGGCCUAAGGUAGAAUAGAUCGAUGGCAUUUUCCCGUUUUUCUUCUCUGUUCUCUUCUCAUUAGAACAAGCAAGCUCCUCAUAUCGGCUCUGCACGGCGUUUGGAUGCCAGGUGGUGGUGCAUUUUACGAUCUAAUGUCAGAUGGAAUUUUCCUUUCUUGGCGAUGAUUUUGGAUGUGGAGAUAAGAUAGAUAGAUAUACACCGUGGUUGUUGUUGCUGGAGCCGGUCUAAGACACAAAUCGAGUGAGGGGGGGUAUAUUGGAUUAGAGGUCUGUUAUUGUGACCAUGAUGAUGAUGAUGAUUAUGAUGAUGACGAUUCCUCUCGAAAGGAAAAUCAGAGAGGAACGGUCAGAGGUUCUUGCCUGCCUGCUGUGAAGCACGUGACGAGGAAACAUUUCAAGGGAUUAUCGUUACUUUUACCUCUCGUCAGGACGUACGUGAAUUCCAAUGAUAUUCAACAUAGAAUCUAUCUAGCUAUUAAGAUCAAAGAUAGCCAUUUGGUCAGCUUUAGGAAGCUGGCUCGUGAGCUGAUCCACUCGCACUGGGCGGAGGGCAUGGC